AUGCAUUUACCACGGAGGAGGAGGCUACGGAGGAACCGAAUCCUUUUCUUGCUUGCCAUAGUGUUGGUCUUCUCUUUCUACCAGCUCCAGUUCAGCCCCUCUGCCCUUCCAGCAUCACACAGAGCCCCUCAACUCAUGGACCCUGUCAGAGUGACUUCCAGGGACCUCCCCAGCAACAAGACUGCUGUAAGAGGCAAUGCCACAGUACCCAAAAUAAGGCAUUGUAUCUAUGUGGAUCCUGAGCCAACCGUGCCCGUCACUACAUCAGUGGGUACAACCCCACAGCAAGAAAAUGCCAGUGAAAGCUCCCCAGAUAAAAAAACACCCUAUGAGUCCAAAGGAGAAUAUCCCCAGGAUCUGUUCAGUGUGGAAGAACGCAGGCAAGGGUGGGUUGUACUUCACAUCUUUGGCAUGAUGUAUGUAUUUGUGGCCUUGGCCAUAGUGUGUGAUGAGUAUUUUGUCCCUGCUUUGGGAGUGAUCACUGAGAAGUUGCAGAUCUCUGAAGAUGUGGCUGGAGCCACCUUCAUGGCAGCAGGUGGAUCAGCACCAGAACUCUUCACGUCCCUCAUAGGUGUCUUCAUCUCACACAGCAAUGUCGGCAUCGGUACCAUUGUGGGCUCAGCAGUGUUUAAUAUCCUCUUUGUCAUUGGCACCUGUGCCCUCUUCUCGAGGCAGAUACUCCACCUGACAUGGUGGCCCUUAUUUAGAGACAUCUCAUUCUACAUUGUAGACUUACUGAUGCUCAUCCUGUUUUUCCUAGACAGUGUCAUUGAUUGGUGGGAAAGCCUCCUUUUACUGACUGCCUAUGCCACAUACGUGUUCACCAUGAAACAGAAUGUGUUCCUAGAGCAAUGGGUGAAGCAGGAGCUGAAAAAGAAGCUAAAUGCUGUGCAGGCAGCAUCACCAGAGCAUAUGCAGAAGACAAGCACCAGGGCAAUUGUAGAUGAUGGAACAAUGAAGCCACCAGGAGUGAGGAAGCUGCAGCCUGGGCCAGUCCUGCAGCGGGGCAGCAGCUCGGCUUCCCUGCACAACUCUCAGAUGCGCGGCACCAUCGUCCAGCUCAUGAUCCACACCCUGGACCCCCUGGCAGAAGCAAAAUUUAAAGACAGGGUUGACAUCCUGAGCAACAUGGCCAAGGCCAAGGCUGAGACCCUGGAAGGACAAGGCUCCCAGCCAGGUGAGUAUGAGGAAAAGAAAGCAAGCACAGUCCAGGUACCUCCUGCCAGUGACUCUGAGCCCAGCCAAGACACACGGAAGGCAGAUGUGCCACAGGAUGGACAGCCCUCUUCAAGCAGUGACACCUCAGAUGACAGCAGCUCUGAGAGCCAGGACAGCGACAGUGAUGGCACAGAGGGUGAUGAAAACGAUGAGCCCUUAUCUCUGGAAUGGCCAGAAUCAAGGACAAAACAAGCAAUUUACCUUUUCCUCUUUCCCAUUGUCUUUCCUCUCUGGAGCACGCUGCCUGAUGUCAGAAACCCAGAGUCAAAAAAAUUCUUUGUCAUCACUUUUUUUGGAUCCAUCCUCUGGAUUGCUGCAUUCUCUUAUCUCAUGGUGUGGUGGGCUCACCAGGUUGGUGAAACAAUUGGGAUAUCAGAGGAAAUUAUGGGGUUAACCAUACUGGCAGCAGGCACCUCCAUCCCUGACCUCAUCACCAGUGUCAUCGUGGCCCGGAAGGGCUUGGGGGACAUGGCUGUGUCCAGUUCUGUGGGCAGCAACAUCUUCGACAUCACUGUUGGGCUGCCAGUUCCCUGGUUCCUUUUCUCUAUCUUCAAUGGCCUCAGCCCCGUGGCAGUCAGCAGCAAUGGUUUGUUUUGUGCAAUUGUUCUCCUUUUCCUCAUGCUUCUGUUUGUGAUUCUCUCUAUUGCUGUCUGUAAAUGGAAAAUGAACAAACUACUGGGGCUCACCAUGUUUGCUCUUUACUUUGUGUUUCUGAUCAUCAGUGUGAUGUUAGAGGACAAGAUAAUAUCCUGCCCAGUAUCUGUGUGACAUGUGGACACUUAAAGAUGUAUGUGAGGAUCCAGCAAAUCAAAAGGGGGUUGAGGUAGCAGUUUUUCUACUGAAAAAAAGCAACCAGAAUUGUAACAAACUUACUGAAUAUAAGGUAUCGUUAACAUGCUAAAGAAUAAAUCAAAUCUUAAGUGGUGUAUCAGCCUCUACUGUUUUUCUUUAGGAUCAGAAUAGAUACUGAAAUGACCAAUUUUAAAUAACAUAUAUUUAGGUACUCGUGGAAAGGCUGAUAAAAUUUAGAUGCAUCAAAUUUUCACUAUGGCUGAUCCCCUCAAGUUAAAGGAGCUGAUUUUCACCACAAAAUAUUUACUCAUAGGAAAUUUUCAGGAACACACUCUAAAUUAGAGAGUGAGCUGCUCAAACUCCCUGCAAUCAAUGAAUUUUACUUCAGUGGGAAGAGAAUCAGACUGAUGUGGCUGGGCCUUUAUAGAACUGCUCUGCUUAAAAUCCCGGCAUGGACACACAGGCUGCAGCUCAGCAGAGAACUCCCCCAAAUCACACUGAGCUCCUUUCAGAUCUGUACCUGAUUUUGCAAUUCAGUGCCUAAAAAUCAUGUAAAGUACCCACAGGUACAAGUGUGAUGUCACCUGGGUUUAUGUCUUGCUGCAACAAGACUAAAAGACUCAGGGAUUAGAACAGUACAUUACCUCUAAUCAAAACUAAAGCCAGGAAUCAAAUACAGCAAGGAGUUGAAUGCUGGGGGUUUGUUUUCAUCCCAAUAUGAAUCUCUGACAAUUACAGAU